AUGGAUAAGGAUGUCCUGUGGGCCACGAGCACGAUAGUGGAUCAAAAAGUUGAGUUGGAUAAGCACGAGCAGAAAUGUAGAACCUGUGCACAAAAGCUGGGAAUUUUGAUUGUGGAUAACACAAAAGAAAAAGAAGAGAUGAACAAUGAAUCACUCAAUGAGACUCUUGCAAAUAUUCAGGUGGAGCAAUGGGUGAGGAAGACCUCAUCUGAUCUCAGGCAUGAUAUAGUGCAUCUAGAAAGUGCUAACAAUAUUACUGAACUCCAUUUAAGGAAAAAAACUAAGAAUAUAGCAGCAAAAUCGACUUACUUAAGCAGUAUUCAUGUGACUCCUGUGGAAUGUGAAAACUUCUUAGAGGCAGCCACAAAUGGAGACCUCAAAGUGGUUGAUAAGUUCUUACACGAUGGAGGAGACCCAAACACAGCUGAUAAGUUCAGAAAAUCAGCACUUCAUAGAGCUGCCUUUGAGGGACAUGUUAAAAUUGUGAAGAGAUUACUGGAUAAAGGAGCAAACAUUGACUUCCAAGACCGGUUGGCAUGUACAGCUGUGCACUGGGCCAGCAGGGGUGGAAGUCUUGAUGCUCUUAAACUCCUGCAGAGCAGUGGCGCCGACUUAAAUGUCAAAGACAAACUUCUGAGCACUCCAUUACAUGUGGCUACUAGAACAGGCAACUCGGAAAUUGUGGAGCAUCUUCUAUCAAGUGGUGUUCAGAUUAAUGCAACAGAUUGGGAAGGUGAUACUGCGUUACAUGAUGCUGUCAGAUUGAACCGAUGCAAAAUGGUCAAGUCAUUACUACUGGCAGGAGCAGACAUGAAGAUUAAAAAUGCUGAGGGUGUUACAGCAAAGGAGCAGGUGAAGAUGUGGCAGUGUGACACUAAGGAGAUAUUUGAUGAACUGGAGAAGUACAGCUGAUGGCACUUAUGUUUUCA